UACAUUCCUUUCCCUUUCCUCUUCGGCUUCCAUAGCUUUCGGCAACCAAAAGCAUCUCGCUCCCUCUCCAUUUGAGGAGCUUUUCGAGUGCUAAAUUUAUAUUUUGCUUUGAUUAUGGUGUUAGUGGUGCUACUAAUGGUGUUAAUGAUUUUCAUAAUCAUGAAAAAAUGACGAUUUGAAGUUCUCGGCAUGGAGUGUACAAGGUCCGAAUUUGUACUUCAAACUAAUACCGUGUUUUAUUCGUAAAUUAGAAGUACAAAUUGUAAGAAUUUUGUGUAUUCCAAAAUUAUAAAUAAAUCAUUAGUAUUCGUCUCUUAGGCGUAAAUAUUGCGGUUGUUGUUAGUAUAAUUAACUUUACUGUUAUAAUAAAAAAAAAUUAUACAAAAUUGAUUGGUUAAAUAAAAGAAAUCAGAAAUAACAUGGAAAAUAAGGAUUAUAAUUUGGUGUGUACAGCAGGAAGAAAUUGAAUUCAAUAACCGCUUCCCAUUUGGGGUAGCCCAAUUGUUUUUUUCUACUAGUGAUAUUAAGAGAGCAUAUGAGCUGGGUAUUAAUGAAGAUAAAUGCAAGAGGAAAAGAGAAGAAGUACAUAUGAGGUGGGAUGCAUCACCAGAAGGCUGGGUUUGUUUGAACAUAAAUGGUGCAUCAAAGGGGAACCCCGGCCUAGCUGGGGUAGGGGGUGUUGUGCAAAGUCAUACUAGAGAGGUUCAUGAGGUCUUUGCGCUUCAGGGUGUCAACUAUACGUGCACUCGAGCUGAGCUUUUAGCAGUGUUGAGGGGAUUAGUCACUACUUGAAAUGGGUGACACAAAGUGCAAUUGAGAGUUGAUUAUGAGAUUGUUGUUCAAAUGUUAGUGGAUCGUACACCCACUAAGCUUCCGUUUAUUCACAUCAUCCGAAAGUGCAAAUCUUUAAUCGUGAGACACGGUGGAGAAGUUACGAUUGGACAAUGCUACAAGGAAGUCAAUGGAGUAGCCGACUGGUUGGCGAAUUAUGGGGUGACCAUAGAGCAGAAACUGUUCAUCUUUGAAGCGUUCACGGAAGAUUUUCGAACCGUUUUAUUGGAGGAUCUGAGAGGUGUGGCGAUUUCGAGAAGGGUAUCGGCUAAUGAGUAGUUUGUUUUGUUUUAGUUGUUUUAUUUUUGUUGCUUAUAGCUUUCUAGCUUGCUAGAUUUUCAUUGUCUUUUGGGGCUUGUCCCUUGCGUUCACCCAACAAAAAAAAAACAAAAAAAAACAAAAAACAAAAAAAAGUUACUCGUACAUGAUUAACGUGGGAGGGACUGAGGGAGUAGUGGAGCACUAGACUCGUAGCAACCUUCACCAUUGACGAGUAGUAAUCCACCACUUUCGAAAUUUGAACAAUAUCUCAAUUUCUCUUUUCCUCAAUUCUAUCUAUUUGAUCUUUAGUUGCUAGCUACAUCUUUGUGUUUUGUCUUUAAACCCCUAAUUAAACAAUAUCAAAAUUCAAUUGCAGAAGACAACUCUACUCAAACUCCAGAUUCACGAGUAACUCGCUCCGAAGGGUGUGAUAUCAUUGGAUGUGAUCAAAGAGAGCAUGUUCACCGAAGAAAUCAGAAGAAAGGAGAUGGGAGUUGAUAAUUCACAAGCUCUUGUUAUUGAAAACAGAGGAAGAGGCAAGAGUAGGGUCCCAAAGGCCGUGAUAACUCAAGGAGUAGGUCCAAAUUCAGUGAUGGAAGAAAUGUGACUACAUGCAACUAUUGCAAGAAGCCUGGUCAUUUCAAGAAGUAUUGUUUCCGUUUGAAAAAGGAACAGAGAAAGAAGAAUGAUUCACAUAAAGAGGGAGAUGAUAAAAAUACUGCACCAACCGCUUCUAAGAGUGAUGAUAAGGUCACUUUUAUUUGUGGCUUGUAGAUACAGGGGCUUCAUACCAUCAUGUUCUUAGGAGAGAGUACUUCAUGAACUAUAAGUCCGGUGACUUUGGUAGUGUGAAGAUGGGAAAUCAGAGCUCAGCAAGCAUUGUUGGGUUAGGUGAUAUUCGUGUGAAGACAAGUGUUGGGUGCAUGCUUACAUUGAAGAAUGUGCGGCAUAUUCCUAAUCUACGCCUUAACUUGUUGUUUGCUAAUGUUCUUGAUGUAGAGGGCUUCCAACAUACUUUUGGUGAUGGCAAGUGGAAGUUGUCUACGGGUUUGAUAGGCUAGUUAUGUUGCUCUUUGUAUAAGACAUACUUGAGUGUAUGUUCUGGUGAGCGGUUGAAGAAAAGAAUUCUCCUAAUCUGUGGCGUCGAAGAUUGGGACAUAUGAGUGACAAGGGAUUGAGCAUUGAUUCCUGGUGAUAAAACUGUUUCUCUUGACCCUUAUGAUCAUCGUUUGCAGCAUAGAGCAGCUUCCUUUUCCAGGAAGUCUACUAGAAAACAAGCCAAGCUGGAGUUCCGAUGUUUGUGGUCCCAUUGAAGUUGAAUCUCUUGGUGGCAAUAGAUAAUUUGUCACUUUCAUUGAUGAUGCUACUCGAAGAACUUGGGUGUAUAUGUUAAAGACAAAAAGCCAAGUGCUCAAGGUCUUCCAGAAAUUUCAUGCCAUGGUAGUGUUGGGGUUGUUCAUCCCAAGUCCCACAUGGAAGGAGUAAGGAGUAAGGAGUAAGGAGUUGAAGAGCUCCUUAUAAGUGAGUGCACACUCCAUUAGUAUGAGGCCUUUUGGGAAGGUGCCAAAAAACAAAUCCGUGCGGGGAGGGCCAAAGCGGACAAUAUCAUACUAAGGUGGGUGACCCGGUCCCAACAAGUCGUAUCGAAGCCGAUGGUUCGACGGGAUAGACACGGGCGCUAUGUGUGUGGGACGUUCCCUCAAAUGUGUGACCUUGCGAAUGUGGUGCCUUGCGUCGAAAGUCCUCUUGAUAUUGUGGCUCAGGCGGCGUAUCUCGUGAUGAUAGCGGCGGUGCAAGAUAGUUUCGUCGAAGGGGAGGCCAUGAGUUAUGUGGUCCUUGGUCUGAGGGGAGCUUUGUUGGGGUUGUUCAUCCCAAGUCCCACAUGAAAGGAGUAAGGAGUAAGGAGUUGAAGAGCUUCUUAUAAGUGAGUGCACAAUCCAUUCGUAUGAGGCCUUUUGGAAAGGUGCUCGAAAACAAAUUUAUGCGGGCUAGGCCCAAAGCGGACAAUAUCAUACUAAUGUGGAAUGGAGUGUGCGUGCAGCCCGACAAGGUGGGUGACCCGGGCCCAACAAUGCUAGCCCACCAUUGUGUUGCUGAAGGGGUGAGAUGUUACAAAAUCAGAUUUAGAUCCUAGGAAAUGCUCGUGAAUUACAAGGUGCUCUUUGAGCCCAGUUGACUCCCAAGUUCUUUUAUAUACUCCAGGUCAUUGCUGAGAUUGCUGAGUGUGAUAAUAAUCUUCAGUUUGUUAACAUAUUAAUAAAACAUAUUAAUAAAAAAAAAAUUGACAAAAAGCCACCUUCUUAUUGCUAGGAUUUUGUUUUCCAGGGUUGCUGCAGGUUCUUCCAUCACUUUCAGAAUCCGCCUUUUUUUAUUUUUUUUUUUAUUUUUGUAUACUUCCUCCGUUCUUUUUUUAUUGUAUCAUAGGGGUUUUAGAGGCAAAAUUUGGUAGUGGGAAAAAGUAAGAGAGAUACGUAAAUAUACAAAAUUGUCCAUGUAAUGUAAAGAUAAAAUAAAAAGUAUGUGUGAAUAAGUAAGGGUAUGUUGGGUAUUUGCAGUGUGAACAUAGAUAUUUUUUGUCCUAAAAUGGAAGUGAAGCAAAAUAAUUGUGAUACUUCCGUAAAAGGCAAGUGAUGCGAUAUUAAAAUAACGGGGGAAGUAUAUUAUUUGGUAACAACUAAGGGUGAAAUUCCAGUUCAUGGAUUGAAAGAAGAAUACAACUGGAAAGCUAAACAUUGCUUGGCAUAGGAUAGAUGUUGUCCUGUUUAGUACCUUACAUAUGUGAAAAUCUUGUCACAAUGUUGGUUCUGAAGGAGAAAACAAAUGCUGGGGUAUCUUAGUGAUAAUCCUGUAGUUUUCAUAGAAAUUUAACAAGCUUUAAGGUAAAAAUGUAAAAUCAUAGCAUGGAAUUAGCACAAAUCAUAGAAAGGAGAAAACAAAUUAAACAUAUGCUUCACUAUAUAUGGCAUUGCACAAAUCGCAUAGAUUUGAGGUAAAAUCAUGUGGGAUAUCGGCAAAAGCCCUAUAUAAUUCUUUGUAUGGAAGAAUCUUGAAUUUUGCUAAGGAUGUAUGAUAUGAUCAUCUUCUAUUUUAUGUUUGACCGAGCUACAAUUUUUAAAAGUCAUAGCCUCAUAGGCCAUACUGCCAUAGGACGGAAUGGUGAGGAUCCCAGCACCUUAUGUGUCUAAGAUCAUUUGAGGACAUAGUUUUGUUGUUUCUCUCCUUUUUCAGAAAUAUGCAUGCAUAUAUAUGAUGAAAUCAAUGCUAUGAUCAUGACUCAUAAGUAGAAGUCUUAAUAAUAUUAUUUCGAGAAGUAAUGUUAAAUAGUUUGAAGCUUAGUUUUCAUCGUCUAUAUCUAGAUAUAUUCACAAUUUUUGAAGAUAUUAUGUGUAGAUGCCAAAUUUCUAGUUAUGUAACCAGAUUGGCAUUAAAUUAGACAUUUUAAUAAGCUGGUGAAUUCAGUUCAGCCAAUUAGGUUGUCAAGUUUUCGUAGCUGGUUGAUACACAGUAUGCAUUUCUAGUGUUGUCCAGGCACAAACAUUUUUUGGUUCACAUUCCUUAAGCUUGGUGUUAGAUGUUUAGGUGUUUGGAUUAUUAUAUUCUUUGGUUGUUUUAUCUUGAGCUUCAUUAAAUUGAGAAAAUGAAACUUGUUGGCUCCAACUUGAAGAAAAGAAAACAGUUAGCUGUAGCUGCUGAUGACUUGGGCCUACCUGCACCAAAGCAUGUAUGCUGUGAAGCAGCUGACGAAUCUGAAUGUGGAUCAUUACGAUCUGCGAAUAUGGAUCAUUACUAUCCAACACCUAGCAAAUUGACACCUGUCUUUGAAGCCUUGAACAUAAUUUAGUAUAAUUUGCCUUGACAUCAACCAAAAUUGCAAUUAAAGUUAACGAAAUUGCUACAUGUAUAAUCAAUUAAAAUUUCUAUAUAAAUCUAGUAUGUAAUUGAUGAAAUUUACGCUAGUAGUCUAAAAUAUAAAAAGAAAUUUUAAAAUUACCUUUUUUUCAGGGUCUUUUUUCAAAUUCUUUGUUUGCACCUUCAAUUUCAUAUAUAAUGUUCAUACUUAUGGAGUUUUGAUAACAAAUUAUUUAGAUCUUGAAGCUUUUGAACAUUGAAAAUGGAGGUUUUGAAUGAAUUAGAGAGAAGGGAGGUUUAGAGAGAGGAAAUGAGAAUGAAAAAAAUGAAAUAUGGGGUUUUUUUAAUUGGUAUAUAGAUGUUCAUUUGACAGCAGGACUAUCGAAAGGGACUGAGUCACGAAAGUAAGAACCCAGAUUCAAGAACAUAAUUAGUCUUCCCCACCUUAACUUCUACAACAUGGCCGGUAAACAAAAUUCAAAUUCAAAUCGGUCUAAACCGAGCAUGUGGUUGGCCCAAAAUCCAAGCAAAAGAUGGGGGGAGUUGUUUUUCCUGCUCUACACUCCCUUUUGGCUUACUCUUUGCCUUGGGAUUGUUGUCCCCUUCAAAUUAUACGAGAAUUUUAAAGAGCUGGAGUACUUGCUUUUGGCUAUGAUUUCAGCUGUGCCAUCAUUUGUCAUACCAAUGUUUUUUGCUGGAAAGGCUGAUGAAGGUACUCCCUUGAAGGAUCGUUAUUGGGUGAAGGCAAGUAUCUGGAUUAUAUGCUUCAGUUAUGUCGGUAAUUACUUUUGGACCCACUAUUUCUUCAAAGUGUUGGGAGCUUCAUAUACCUUCCCAUCAUGGAAGAUGAAUGAUGUACCACACACAACUUUCCUGCUGACUCAUGUUUGUUUUCUAUUCUACCACGUUGCUUCAAAUAUGUCACUUCGAAGAUUACGGUAUGCUCUUGCUGAUGUUCCUGAGAAAAUUCGGUGGAUAAUGGAAGGUGCAUGGAUACUAGCACUGUCAUAUUUUAUUGCAUACUUGGAGACUAUAGCAAUUGCAAAUUUUCCGUAUUAUGAAUUUGUAGACCGAGAUGCAAUGUACAAAGUUGGAUGUUUGUUUUAUGCAAUUUACUUCAUCGUAAGCUUUCCCAUGUUUCUGAGAAUUGAUGAGAAACCUAGCGACAAGUGGGACUUAGCAAGGGUUGCUGUUGAUGCUCUGGGUGCUGCGAUGCUUGUCACGAUUAUACUGGAUUUAUGGCGCAUUGUCUUGGGACCAAUAGUUCCACUUCCAGAGGAAAAGAUGUGUGGAGCAGCUGGGCUACCCUGGUUUGCAGAUCAUGUGAUCUCAGCUUAAUUGAGAUUAUUCUAUCAUGGAAAACUAGUGCCAAACAAGAAGAACGACAGUAGUUGGAAGCAUUAAGGAUGCAGAAGAUCCCUAAGGCAAAAGCCAAGUGCUCGAUCUCUUGCCCAGAGAUUGUUUUUCACCUGCAGCUGAAGAUGUGUAGGAGUGUUUCAUAUCAGGCCUUUUAAGACUCUUGAUUUUUGUC